GAAUAGGUAUAUCGAAAGAGUUAACACUGUCAGGGAUAAAGCAUGCUUAUUAUACAGACUAACAUAUUUAAAAUAUAAUACUAUGAACGGAAUAUUCCAACAUAUCCAUGAAGUCGUAAAAUGAAUAAAUGGUUUAUAUUAAUCUCGGAAAUACAUGUUUUACUCUUGAUUUUCAUUUUUGUGACAAAUGUGAAAUGUGACUUACGUGGAAGUAAGCGCGUUAAAAGGCAGCCGGAGUUUUCGAGUACUUUCUUAGUGGAGUAUGACGGUGAUGUCAAAGAUGUUGAAGAAUUUGCUAAAACUGUAGGACUCAAAUUUGUUCGGAAGGUGGUGGGACGUUUCUACGAGCUGCAGGAUGCUAACCUUCCAGCUAGAACCAAAGCAGCUACACAACUGGACGAGAAGAGCUUGAAGGCCAAACAUCAAAAGCUUAAAAGUAUUAAGCAGGAAGAGGUCCGUCAUAUGUAUAAGCGGUCAGUGGUCAGCGGCAAGCGGUCAGUAGUCAGUGACAACCGGUCGGAGGUCGAAGACAAAUGGACAGUGGCUAGAUUGAAUCGAUCAGUGCCAAUAGAGCGGUCGGUGGCCAGUGGCAGCCGGCCAGUGGUCAGAGGAAAGAGAGCUGUGUCAAUCAACGAUCCACAGUGGGCUAACCAAUGGCAUCUGAAUACCGGACAGUCACCGAAUCAUGAUGUCAAAAAUGCUUGGGAUAAAGGAUUCGACGGAAGUGACGUCAUCAUCGCUAUCGUUGAUGACGGAAUCGAAACUACGCAUUCAGACCUCAAUUUUAACUACGAUCCGACGUUGAGUUAUGAUUACAUCAAUGACGUCAUGGAUCCAUCUCAUCGGCACUACAAUGAGGGGCAUGGGACGAACUGCGCGGGCGUGGCUGCGGCCCAGAAGAACUCUGUUUGCAUCAUAGGGACAGCAUAUGGCGCCGGCAUUGCAGCGGUGCGAAUAUUAGAUGACGUUGUUGGGGCGACGUCUAGUCAGGAGGCCCGGGCGCUGGUCCAUAAGCUGGAUGACGUUGAUAUCUACAGCAACAGUUGGGGUCCCAGCGACGACGGUGACGCCUUUGGCUCGCUACCAACAGUCGUGGAGGAGGCCCUGAAAACUGGCGUCACGGAAGGUCGCGGUGGCAAGGGUGCGGUCUACGUCUGGGCGUCCGGAAACGGCGGGGACAAUUUGGAUGAUUGCAACGCGGACGGAUACGCCAACAGCAUUUAUACGAUCGCUAUAAACGCGGUCUCGGAAAGCGGGGCGCCCACCUACUAUGCGGAACACUGCGCCCCGGCCUUGGCUGCUACGUACAGCGGGGACGACAGCGGUCCGCGUAUUACGACGACUGGACCCUCGGACUCGUGUGUGAAUGAUUUCAGUGGCACUUCCGCCGCCUGUCCGCUUGCCGCCGGCAUCAUAGCGCUCCUUCUGCAGGCCAACCCGGCGCUGACGUGGCGAGAUGUCCAGCACAUGAUUGCGGAACACUCUUCAUCUGCUGGUCUUAGCAACGGCGGUUUCUAUAGCAACGGAGCCGGGAAACAAGUGAGCCCAUAUUUCGGAUUUGGUCUGCUGAAAGCGGAGGCGCUGAUUGACAACGCCGCUACGUGGCAGUCCGUACCAGAUUCGAUCACGUGUUACCAGUUCUCGACCAAUCAGAUCAAUGCCGUGACGAGCCUCUCUGACUCGCUGUCCCUGACACGUUGCCAUAUCAGCCACGUGGAACACGUGACCAUCAACAUUCGAUACCAAUCGGCUAACAGGGGUACCGUUGACCUGGUAUUAACUUCACCCGUCUGGACGCAAACACAAGUUAUGAGCGGGAGGAACCAAGACUUUUCAAGCGAGGAGACAACAUGGCGGUUCAUGACCGUACAUCUGUGGGGGGAAAACCCGAUCGGCACGUGGACGCUUUCGUUGACUGACGUUUACAACUACAUGUACACGAUGAAUCUUUACUCCUGGGAGCUGACGGUGCACGGAACAGUAACGGACCCCGCGCUGGGAGCCCCUACCGCGGGUUCCCUGGGCGGCUCCUGUAGCGACGCGGUACCAUGUUCCGGUUAUACGGACGCCGGAUGCCUACAGCCAAGUAACGUCUGUGUUGUCUGCUCCUCUGGAUUCCACGUGUUCUCUGAAUCGUGUUAUGAAGAUGGUCGACUGAACGGUUACUGUGACAGCGGCGAGCCGUGCCGUUCCGUCGACGAUAGUCUCGAAUGUGUCGAUGGUAGAUGCCAAACGAAAGAAGAUAACAGUUUGCCCGUUGCCCUGAUCGUUGGUGCUGUUGUAGGUGGACUAGCUGCUCUUGCCAUUCUUGUGUGCUGCGUGUUUUUCGUAAAGAAACAUUUCUGCGGAAAAGCAACUUCGACUGUAGCCCCCUCUCAUACCCAUGCUGGUUACAGGUCAAGAGGUGAAAUAUGGAGUUCUAAUUCACAACCGAUGUCAUAUCCGUCUAGUAGAAUGACUUAUCCGACGUCAUAUCCUACAAGUGGAAUGUCCCAAACGACGUCAUAUCCUACAAGUGGAAUGUCCCAACCGACGUCAUACCCCUCAAGUGGAAUGUCCCAACCGACGUCAUAUCCCCCGAGUGGAAUGGAUUAUUCGACGUCAUAUCCCCCAAGUGGAAUGGAUUAUUCGACGUCAUAUGCCCCAAGUAGAAUGUCCCAACCGCCUUCUUAUUCGAGAAUCGGGGAGUAUCCGAUGCAACACACAUAAAUAAACAUGUGCAUGCUGCGAUAUGUGAUAAAUAUAUCUGUGAUAAUACUUGAUGAAAGACGAUGAUAUAAUCAAUAUGUUAAAAUAAAAUGCUUAAUUUAUUGUUAUUAGAUACUUAAACGCAAAAAUAAAUGUGUUUAAAUGAG